UGAUGGACAAUGACAGGGACUCGCAGUAUAAGGGUCUCACAAUCUAUAAUCCGUCCUUUUCAAAAUAUCCCAAACGCCUUCCGUGCCCUUUUUGUAUAUCCUGGAAUCAUCUCCUUUUCCCCACCUAAACCACUCACCCACACUUCGUUUUUAUGUUGUCACAUGUCGCGCCGUUUUCUUCCUCUUUUCUCCGCUAUUUCUCGUGAUUUUUGACUGCCAGCAAAGCGUCGUCUCUGUCAGAUACGCAUUCGUUACUUCUGUUCCGAUACGUACUCUGCAUCUCAGUGAAGGAAGAGAGAGGCGUAUUUUUUGAGAUUUUCGUAGUUUCCAGUUGGAAAUGGGCGGGGAAGAGGAUGCUGUGAAGAAGAAAAUAACGAUAGGAGUGUGUGUAUUGGAAAAGAAGGUGAAGUGCGGCUCCGAGGCUUCCUCUGCACCGAUGUUGCAGAUUUUAGAGAGACUACAGGCAUUUGGAGAAUUUGAGAUUGUGCAUUUUGGGGACAAAGUAAUCCUUGAAGAGCCUAUAGAGAGCUGGCCUAUAUGUGAGUGCCUGAUUGCCUUCUAUUCAACUGGAUAUCCAUUGCAAAGGGCCGAGGCAUAUGCUGCACUUAGAAAGCCUUUCCUUGUAAAUGAGUUGGGGCAACAACAUCUUCUUCAUGAUCGAAGAAAAGUGUAUGAGCGGCUUGAAAUGUAUGGAAUUCCUGUUCCAAGAUAUGCUUUAGUUAACCGGGACUUUCCAAAUCAAGAGCUGGAUUAUUUUGUUGAGGAGGAAGAUUUUGUUGAGGUCCAUGGAAAUCGAUUCUGGAAGCCUUUUGUGGAGAAGCCUGUCGAUGGUGAUGAUCACAGUAUAAUGAUAUAUUACCCUAGUUCAGCUGGUGGCGGAAUGAAGGAGUUGUUCAGAAAGGUUGGUAAUCGCUCGAGUGAGUUUCAUCCAGAGGUUAGAAGGGUGAGACGUGAAGGGUCUUAUAUAUAUGAGGAAUUUAUGCCGACUGGGGGAACAGAUGUGAAGGUGUACACAGUCGGCCCUGAGUAUGCUCAUGCGGAGGCAAGGAAAUCUCCUGUGGUUGAUGGUGUUGUUAUGAGAAAUCCUGAUGGUAAAGAAGUCAGAUAUCCUGUUCUACUUACUCCUACUGAGAAGCAAAUGGCAAGAGAGGUGUGCGUUGCAUUUAGGCAAGCUGUUUGUGGAUUUGAUCUUUUACGCUGCGAGGGACGAUCCUAUGUUUGCGAUGUUAAUGGAUGGAGCUUUGUUAAGAACUCUUACAAAUAUUAUGACGAUGCUGCAUGUGUUUUGAGGAAGAUGUUUCUUGAUGCAAAAGCCCCACAUCUUUCUUCAACAAUUCCUCCUACUCUACCAUGGAAGGUAAAUGAGCCAGUGCAGCCUUCUGAAGGACUAACACGACAAGGAAGUGGGCUAAUUGGGACAUUUGGGCAAUCUGAAGAGCUACGUUGUGUGAUUACCAUUAUUCGUCAUGGUGACAGAACUCCAAAGCAGAAAGUGAAGUUGAAAGUUACCGAGGAAAAGCUUUUGAAUUUGAUGUUAAAAUACAAUGGGGGAAGACCUAGAGCAGAGACAAAGCUGAAAAGUGCUGUUCAGUUGCAGGAUCUCUUGGAUGCAACACGAAUCUUAGUUCCUCGUACUAGACCUGGUCGUGAAAGUGAUAGUGAAGCUGAAGACAUUGAGCAUGCUGAAAAGCUUCGCCAAGUGAAAGCAGUGCUUGAGGAGGGAGGGCAUUUUUCUGGGAUAUAUAGAAAGGUUCAACUUAAGCCAUUAAAGUGGGUCAAGGUUCCAAAAGCUAAUGGUGAAGGUGAAGAAGAACGACCUACGGAGGCCUUGAUGGUUCUUAAAUAUGGUGGGGUUCUUACUCAUGCUGGGAGAAAGCAGGCUGAAGAACUGGGCAGGUAUUUUCGAAACAAUAUGUAUCCAGGUGAAGGUACUGGCCUGCUUCGCCUCCACAGUACAUAUCGUCAUGACUUGAAAAUAUACAGCUCAGACGAAGGCCGCGUACAGAUGUCAGCAGCUGCUUUUGCUAAGGGCCUUCUUGACUUGGAAGGACAACUAACCCCUAUUUUGGUUUCGCUUGUCAGCAAGGACUCCUCAAUGUUGGAUGGACUUGACAAUGCCAGUAUUGAGAUAAAAGAAGCGAAGGCCAGGUUAAGUGAGAUUAUAACUUCUGGAGCAAGAGCUGUUUAUACCAGUGGCGAGCCAGAUAAACCUUGGAUGGUGGAUGGAGCUGGUCUUCCUGCAAAUGCAUCUGAACUUUUACCGAAAUUGGUGAAGUUAACGAAGAAGGUUACUGAACAAGUAAGACUUCUGGCCAAGGACGAAGAUGAGGAGCUUGCUGAGGCAAACUCAUAUGAUGUCAUCCCACCAUAUGAUCAAGCUAAGGCACUUGGUAAGACAAAUAUAGAUGUUGAUCGGAUUGCUGCUGGCUUACCUUGUGGUAGUGAGGGAUUUCUUCUCAUGUUUGCUCGAUGGAGAAAACUUGAGAGAGAUUUGUAUAAUGAACGCAAAGGGCGAUUUGACAUAACACAAAUUCCUGAUGUUUAUGACUCUUGCAAAUAUGAUCUCUUACAUAAUGCACAUCUAAAUCUAGAAGGAUUAGAUGAGCUCUUCAAAGUUGCCCAGUUACUUGCAGAUGGUGUUAUUCCAAAUGAGUACGGAAUCAAUCCAUGGCAAAAGCUAAAGAUUGGAUCAAAGAUUGCUCGGCGCUUGUUGGGAAAAAUCUUAAUUGAUCUGAGAAACACACGUGAAGAGGCAAUCAGUGUUGCAGAAUUGAAGAGUAAUCAAGACAAUAGUUCAGCAGCUACUAGCACUGGGAAAGAAGACACAGAUUACCAUACAAAAUCUCACAGUAGAAUUGAAGGCUCAAGAAGAACUAGUUUUACUAGUGAUAUGUCAAUGGAUCAAGAUGAUGAUGAUGACAAAGAAACUAAAUACCGCCUGGAUCCAAAAUAUGCAAACGUGAAGACACCAGAGCGUCAUGUGCGAACACGGCUAUACUUUACCUCGGAAUCCCAUAUCCAUUCGUUGAUGAAUGUUCUCCGUUAUUGCAAUCUGGAUGAAUCCCUUCAAGGAGAACCUAGCCUUGUUUGUGAUAAUGCUUUGGAGCGCUUGUAUAAGACAAAGGAGCUUGAUUACAUGAGUUACAUUGUAUUGAGGAUGUUUGAGAACACAGAGGUGGCUUUAGAAGAUCCAAAGAGAUUCCGCGUAGAGAUGGCUUUUAGCCGGGGUGCAGACUUGUCCCCGUUGGAGAGAAAGGAUAGCGAGGCAGCUUCAUUGCAUCAGGAGCAUACCCUGCCAAUAAUGGGUCCUGAGAGGCUGCAGGAAGUAGGAUCAUAUUUAACUUUAGAGAUGAUGGAGAAGAUGAUUCGUCCAUUUGCAAUGCCAGCUGAAGAUUUUCCUCCUCCAUCAAUUCCUCAAGGAUUCUCGGGCUACUUCUCCAAAAGUGCCGCAGUUUUAGAACGCCUGGUAAAUCUCUGGCCCUUUAACAAGCAUGGGAACACUAACGGUAAGUGAUAACAUAAUUUCAU